CCCCUUUUCCCCUUUCUCUAACCAAAAUUUCCUCUCUCUCUCUCUCUCUCUCUCUCUAGCCCUCUCAUGGCUCCCGCCGCUAAGACUGUGUGCGUAAUGGACGCUUCCGGCCGCCUAGGCGCCGCUCUGGUGGCGUCGCUGCUGCACAGAGGCUACACCGUCCACGCCUCCCUCCAGAACCGCGAGGAUUUGCAGAGUGUGAACUUGAAGGGAAAUUUGAACAAAUUGAAGGUGUUCCAUUCGGAUCCGUUGGAUUAUCACAGCAUUAUGAUUGCGCUCAAAGGAUGCUCCGCCUUGUUCUAUUCCUUUCAACCUCCUCCGGAUCAUUCCACCUACGAUGAAUUAAUGGCGGAAGUUGAAGUAAGAGCAGCUCAUAAUGUUCUGGAAGCAUGUGCCCAAACGGAAACCAUCGAGAAGGUGGUUUUCACGUCUUCCGUUACGGCGGUCAUCUGGAAAGACGGCAUCAAAACGAUGUCGUCCGACGUGGACGAGCGCCACUGGAGCGACGUCAACCUCUGUAAGAAGUAUAAGCUGUGGCACGCUCUAUCAAAAACCUUGGCGGAGAAGACCGCGUGGGCCCUGGCGAUGGAUCGAGGGGUCAAUAUGGUGUCCAUAAAUGGAGGGCUGUUGAUGGGCCACGAUCUGACGAUCAACAACCCGUAUUUGAAAGGAGCGGCUGAGAUGUAUGAAGAUGGGCUGUUCGUGACCGUUGAUCUUAAAUUCAUGGUUGAUGCGCACAUCUGCGUUUUUGAAGAUGUCUCAUCCUACGGUCGAUAUCUCUGCUUCAAUAAUAUCAUUAAUUCUCAAAAAGAAGCUCUUAGGCUGGCCCACAUGCUAUUGCCGCCCUCCGAAUCUCCCUCACCUCCCAGUUUGGAGAGCUCUAUUGUGUAUCAACAAGGGAUAAGCAACAAGAAACUAAACAAAUUGAUGGUGGAUUAUGAGAGUGGGGAAGCAUGUUGACUUCAAAACCUGCCCAAAAAAAUUAAUUAUAUUUCCCCAAUUUUUAUUUAAUAUCUGUGCAUUAUUAGGUCCAUUUUGUUGUCCCAUUAUAAUGUAAAUGGGCUUUAUUUUAUUAUUUUUUGGAAGUAAUAUUUGGGAACCGAUGGAUAUUAGUUUUAAACAAAACCUAAGGCCUAAUCUUCUAAAGUCGUUAACAAUAUCUAAAUUAAAAGCUAGGAAAUAAAUGUCUAACACGUCAGAGCUUCGAGAUAGAUAUGUAUAUGUAAAAAGAAAUAAGAAAACAAAUCUUCUACUUACA